AUGCCAGAGCGAGACCCUUCCAACGCAGCAUCGGAUCCUCUGGCUGAGGUGAAACCGAAGAAGAGGAAGAAAAAGACCAAGGAGGAGCAAGCUGAGGUCUUGCGGAUGGAGGCUCUUAAAUCCGAAGCUUUGGCCAUGUUAGAGGCCGAGCGAUUUCGCGGAGCCGAGUCCAUCAAGGAGGAUGUCCUAGAAUUGUUGGAUAAGUACUUGACCGCAGAGGAGAACGACAUUGUCCGAUCCAAGUUCGAGCGCCGAGAAGCCGUCAGUCUAGUGGACUUGCUGCAGGCUUCGACGUCGACCAUGUCGAAGAGCACGGUGAUGAGCACGGACCGUCCUAAAGUGAAGAUCGUGAAGUACAUGCGCAGCGGGCACAACAUUUCGGAACUAGGCGAAAAGUACCAUCGUGACAUGGAGUCGUUUGUCGCGCAACAGAAGAUGAUGCGAAGGGACAGCUUCUCGCGUCUAAUGGUCACAGACUACACGCAUAUGGAGAAGGGGUUGCACCCAAAAACGGGAGAGGUGAUGAGCAUUUAUUAUCCGAGCAAUCUGCGGGAGGAAAGCGAGAAAAUGGCGGCCAAGCACAAAUUACGGCUUCUCUUAUUAAUCCAUCUUUCGUUUUCGAGAUAUCAUCCUGGGUGGGCUUGUCUUUCUAGUGGAAAAGGAAAUAAAGCGGCCCAGGAUGCAUCUCAAGAUAGAUGGAUUAAUUUUUAGGGCGAGCUCUAAGCCAAGAGGGACUACGACAGCGUGAACGUUUCCGAGACAUGCGUGAAUGGGUGUCUAAGAAAUACCUACCGCACGUGUACGAACGUAACGUGAUGGGAAUGGGUGCUGUCGGAGGACGGACAGCCGCUUACGGCGGGUCGUUGCUUCAGCUGUCGAGCGUCAACACAGAGGGCGCUCAUGCGGGUGCACUGGGUGCGGUAGGUGGCAUGUUGAGUGCGCACCAGCUUGGACCGGGUGAAGAACAUAUUCUAGUUUCGCCGAAAAAUGCUGGCGCAGAAGGAGGAGUUCAACAGCCCACGAUGGUCUAUCUUCCAAGUGGCGGUGGAUAUUUACCUGGUUUGUUUCCAGGGCAAACGGGGCAACGCGGAUCACCGUUUCUCGUGACUGAGCAAUUGAGUGAUCCAGUACUAGCGCAGCAACGCAAGCUGGGGUACAAUUAUGGCGUGGCUGGCAUGACCAGCAUGGGUGGUACUGCGACCACCAUCGCGCCUGGCAGUGGUUUCACGACUACCGGGUACCCGGCUGCCAGCACUACUGCUGGCGGUGCAACGAGUGCGGGCAACACAACGAGACAAACGGCGGUUGCUGAUGGGGAACCUCUGCAGGGGCCUGGAGGCGCCAACACAGCGCCUGCGACACGCAUCGACUUCCGCACCACAGACAGUUUCAAGAAUACGAGACGAAGUAUCGGCAUUUACGGGGUUCCUGCGGAAUUUCUGCGAAGUGGGAACGUAGCUGGAGAAUACAGCAACUUCGCGGCUGUGCGUAGCGAUGAAGAGGCGUUGCUGCUGAGGCAGCGCAUGGGCAUGGCACAGACGCAUACUGGUCUUCAUGCUUCGCCUCAUAAUGGCGGAAUCUCGCAUGGUGGUAGCAACAACACAACAACACAGUCGUUUGAGAUGAGAAGGGGAGCAACUGCGGAACACGAGCGCUCUGACGGUGGCUACUUGCCGGCAGGCCACGCGUUGUACGGAGCCGGGCCUCCGGGAAUCUCAACGCAGAGUUUAGUGCAGGACAGUUCCCUCCACGAUAAUCCGAGCACGGCUUCGAGCGCAGUUGUGGGUGCGCCGAUGGAGGACGUCUUUCGGCAGCAAAAUAAUGGGUUUUUUCCAGGUGGAGUGGUUCCAUCCGGUGGGUUUGAUGAAGCCUCCAGUGCUGCCGGCUCCCCUUCUAAAGCGCGUGGAGCGGCAGCAAAGCAAGGCGCGGCGGGAAAGAACAAAAAGAAGAAGCAGGUGCAACUCGCGACGACAACCGGAGGUGCAGGAGGGUUCAGAGGUGCUCGUGGCACAAGUGGCCCUCAGCUUGCUGGAAGUGGAUCUACUUUGCAGCGAGGUGGACACCAGCUGGCUCCAUUGGAGAAGAUCAACGAGAAACCGCCAGCGAACCUAGAUGACAUGAUCUUGGAAGUAGAGACGCAAAUGACCGUACGACCUAAGCGUCAUGGAGGUGGCGCCAUCCCACCAGCAGUCGGCUCCUCGGAUCAGCGGGCAUCGAGCAGCGGCUACGCCAGCACAGUGGGAUCCAGCAAUGCUGAACCUAUGGUUUUGCCCUCACUGCAGAACGGGCCCCUGCCCGCGUCCAGCCUGCCGGUUUACAACUACAAUUCUUCUUCGUCUACAGGAGGAGAUCGAUCCUGCUCGUCCGCAGGAGGAGCCAGUGCUCCGGUUGUAGGUGGAGCGCGUGCGUCUUCGUCUGGAUCAGCCAGGGCUAAAGGCGAACACGAGCCCCUAGCGCUUAAUUGGGACUACAACGUCCGUAGUGGUUCUAGUGGAUCUGCGACAGGGAACACGACCAAUACGGAUUCGCGUCCUCGGUCCAAAGACAGCUACAUCAAUCCUAGCCGUGUAGCUGCAAGUCCAUACGGCAAGAUCGAAGUUUUGUUCCUAGAUCAGGACGGUUUUGCUCCAGGUGCGACGACGCAGCAGAGUGCUGGUGCUGGUGCUAUGGGAAAGCCUGGCGCUGGAAGAGGACGUGCUGGGGAAGCUGGAGGCGCAAAUGGCGGAAAGAAAACCUCUACAGUUGGAAAGAGCGGUGCGAAAGGUUCAGAGAAGGAUGGAAGGUCAAAUCAGCUUCCCCCAGCAGUCCUCCGAACAAGUGGCGCCACAACCGCAGCAGGUGGAGGUGGUGGCUCAGCUGCCGCGAGCAGCGAGGAGGAGCGCGUGCGGCAAGAGUUGGGCAGUAUCUAUGCUGAUGCAACCAAGCACGCGACGCUCAGAGACCAAAAGGACAAGAAGCUGAUGGCUGCUGCAACGACUCGCGCAGCCGCUGCGUCUAGCAACAAGCUACCACCUGCACCGUCGCCUUACUCACUCGACCAGAUGAAGAUUUUGAAGAAGCCUAAGGGUUCAUCGGCGAGUGCGUCUUCUGCGAGUGACGGAGAAGGCAUAGUUGGGGCAUCCUCUAUCUCAGCGUCAGACGCUGAGAAUGGAGCAUUAGCAUCAGGGGAUGCCGGUGCCGCGGGAGACUCUAUUACAAGCCUCCAGAGUCGAGGACCUCUGGACAAGUUGGAGAAAGACGUGAGAAAAGAUAUGAAGAAAAAGAAGAAAACUUUACCGCCAGCAGAGCGAACUGCAGCAGUGUACAAAGCUGCGCACCAACAGGCCGUGCCGUCAUCCUCGCCAAAAGGUGCUGCUGCAAAAAAGCGUCCUCCACGACCACACGAAAACGCUCAAUCGUCAUCGGCUGAAGAAACUAGUUGUACUACGAAAAAGAGUUGUAACAUGAACAUCACAUCUUCUCGACAAGUAGAUGUCGAAGCCUCGAAAAAUAAAGCUACAGAGGAUCAGGAAUACGAGGAAGAUGAAUUCGAUGAUGAAGAAGUCGAUGAAGAUCAAGAUCCUGUACUAGUCUCUUCUAAAAUCGACCAGACCCCUUUAGAUGACGACCCUGCUAGACUGAAACUGACCACUCCCGGCGGCGCAGAAGAAGGCUAUCACGCCUACUCCAAGCCCUCAACGCGUAUGUCUUCAGCGGCAGCCGGCGGUUUAGCUUAUUCGAGCGGACUGCGCAGUGCGGGAUCUUCAGGAAGCAAGCGCGGGCCGCCUUCUGGAGGAGGACCUAUCGAACACUUUCCGUUUCCCACUGUAGCUGAGAAUGAGAUCUUUGCUUCACCGGCAGAUUCAGCUAGCCCAGUGCCUGGCAGCGCAGGUGGACCAGGAGGAGCUCACCGAAGACCAAAUCAAAACUCUCGAGAAAAUCUAGCAGCUGCUGGAGGAGGUCUAGUCGUGGUAUCCUCCGCCGGUGCACCAGGAGCUGCGAUGGGAGGGGCAACAUCUCGAUCGCAGCAAGGUCCACCUUCACGAGGCGGUCAUCCGCCUUCGAGAGGAGGCAGUGGUCCGUAUGGUGGAGCUGGAAGAGGCGGAAGGCCUGGCGUGGAAUCGAGAGGCGACUCACGUGGGGGGAGGCUUGAUAGUAGAGAAUCUUCCCGCCGACAACUACAGAUGUCUAGAGGUGAGUCCAGAGGUGGACCAGUUGUAGGAGGGCAACAAGUUGUGGUACUACUCUUCAUAUACAAAUCUUGGAUACUUAAUGAUUUUGAUUUUCAUGUUGACAAAAUCAAUAUCAGCUUGUUAGAAUAGUCCUAGAUACCAUAAUGGGUAAAGGAUGAAGCCGAAAAUCUGCAACUAGCAUCACUUUGCUUUUAUCCUACGUCCAUUCCCGACUCAUCCGUACAAUCAAUCAACUCCCAAUACAGCCGCGUCCUGAGUCUGAAGCGGGAAUAAGGCCCGAAGCUGCAGCAUCCUCAAGGCCUGGCACUGGUGCAGCCGCAGAAGAAGCUGCGCAAGAUUACGGCUUUUCUUCAGAGUCGACCCACAAGUAGAAAUAGCUACUUAGCAACAUGUUGAUUUUACAAUCACAAUCACUACACUUUUUACAUAAAUCAUGGUCAUUCGUUUUUCUCUCCGCUAAUGAUUCGCAGAAGAGGAGCACUAUUCGGAUGAUGAGUUUGAGGAGGAUGAUAUGUUUAUCUUGCAGAACAAUAUGCCCACAGUGUGGGGGGGAGAGACGUCCCUUUUUGCCGCAUCUGAUGACCAUGAUGUCGGCACAACCCGGCCGAAUAGCUCUGCUGCAGGUAGUGAUGAUUUUGCUUCGAUCGUUGGCGGGAUGGGCAGUCGACCUGGCACUGUAGGCACACAUAUGGGCAGUAGACCGGGAACCGUUGGCGGGCCGUCGCCAAGGGGAGCAGCGAGUGGAUCACUCUUUUUCGUACCGGAGCAGCAUGGAAGUCCGGCUGGAGGUGGAGAAGUGUCCUCUGGAGGUGGUGGCGUCUCCGCACCUGGAGGACAUCCUGGCACGACAGCCGGUAGUGGCGGUGGAAUGAGUGGCGGUGGAGUGUCUGCUUUCCAGCAACAAGGUGGCUUCCUCCAAAUGCAAGGCGGGCCUUACAAUGGUUCCUCUUCGUGGUUGCCUGCUUCGCAAGAGCACAUCGAAGAGCGAGGUUCAUCGAAGGAGUCGCGUCGUCUUGGCUCAGGAUCGAGCCGACCGGCAACGGGAGAGAGCCUAACUUCGAGUGCAGCUGGCGCUAGUGCUGGAGGACGGCGCCGUAGUCGUAUUGUUGACCACUUUCCAGCUGCUCAACAGUCUCACGACACCCAUAAUCUGAUGUCGAUCGAGCAUCAAGUAGCGCAACUGGAUAAGGAGACGGCAUCGAGGCGGGGCUCAUCCGCAUCGAGUGCUGGUGGGGAUCACUAUCAUGGGGAGAAUAGAAAGUUAAGGCUCAUACAUAAUCUUUAAUAUUGCAGUAUGUUAGUUUCCCCCAGGCUUUCGAAAUUCCAUACUUUCCGCUCAUCUUGAAGGACCAACGUCGACGUAACUAAUCUUUGUUCCGCCAUCAACAUACCAGUAACCAAUGCCCAUCUCUAAUCAUGAAAAAGAAGAAGAGCCGAUCCGAGCAUCGCCUUGGAUCGGGAUCGAGCCCUCGAUCUUCUAGACGACGAAGCAGCCGCGGACAAGCUGAGGCUGGCGAAUUUGAUCACCAGUUUGACCCCGAGUCUGGACUUUUCUAGACGCUCUUAGCUAUACUGAGAAGCAAUUAUAUGACGGAACAAUAGUAGCUUCGUUCAAGGAAAGUGGACAUGAAGAAUAUCUCAUCUAUCAACAGUACAAUUUCUCACUUAGUUUCUGUUUUCAUUGUUGCAGUUCACUCUGUUACCUCAUGUAGUGCAUACUGCUGAUAUUUUCGUAGUACCGAUUGAUUUACACUCACUGACAAAGACUAGAGAUUGGCAUUGAUUGAACUCAAAUAACAACCAUAUGGUGGAAAUAAACGACCGCAAGAUUUAUCUAAGAACUGAAAAAUGACCUUAAUGAUUGACUAUACUAGAAGGAUGUCAUGCGUCGAACAUGUUACUCAUUUUCAAGCGAUACCAAACUGCAAUACACUUUACUUCGUGCUCAAAGAUAAGAACGUUGUGUUAACACUGAAGCAAGAAAAUUGAUAGAAUUAGACCACUAUGAAAAACCAGCAUUUGAUGACCUAAAAUGAAAAAAAAGGUGACAAUUUACUACGAUACUCGAACAAUAGUCAUAUUCUUAAAUUCAUCAUGUUGCAACACCAGAUUCACAGAGCAGAUUACAGUGAUAGCUGCAUAGUAUGAUUUCAUCUUGACAACUUCUACAUUUACACUAGGUAGACGAUAAUGUCCUGAAGGGGUUCGUGUUGGAUUGAUAUUCAGACUGAAAAAGAUUACAAGGAUACUAAUGACUAACAUAGACGAAAGACAAGACUGAAACGCAUAAAAUGGUAAAUGAGCCUCAAGGAGACCCUGCAUGCUGAGUGGCCCCUCCAUAUCUAUCGGAGUUAUGCUUGUUGGUGUUUAAAGAUGUUAUGAGGUGUAACUUCUACUCAAGUUGAUUGUUGUAGUAGCACAACUUUCUUAGCUUAAAUAUAUUUCCCGCACGUAUUCGUAUCGCUGAUCAUGCCCCUAAUGAAAUUGAAAAAAUAUUCUGGUCCUACAUUACUUCAUAGGUUCCAAGUACUGUCUGUGGCUUGAAAAAGAGCUAACACAACCCUAGAACGGAAAGAUACCUCAGCUAUAUUUGCUUACUCAUGAAUGACUGACAAUAAGGAUUUAAAUGCGAAACUUCUCAAAUAUCAUGUUUUCUACGUACUACUUACUAGGAUACAUCCAACUUCAUUAAGGAACGAAUAGCCAGGGAAUCGGAUUCUCAGCAAAAAAAGUUAGCUUACCUCGUGAAUGCCUUAGUGAUGACACUCACACCG